AUGGCAUUAGAGGAUGUGUUCACAAAUGGUUCGAGUCGUAUUUGUCAAACAGAUCUCACUAUACUUCAUUUAACAAAGCCACCUCCAGCAUCAAAUCCAUACACCUGGGCGUACCGCAAGGAAACGGUGGAGAGUGUGGCUAAGCGACGCAGGAGGACAAUCCCGACAGUAGUGGUGGCAAGUGAGAGGCCCCUGCUCCUACACCGGUGCCUCCUGCGACUAGUGUCAGUGCCGGGUGCCGAUCCUUUGAUGACACUGGUGGUGGCUGACGGGGACCUCCAAGGUGGAUUACAAGAAGUCCGUGCUUUGGUUCACCUUUAUGGAAUGAAGUUUGAGGGUCACGACGCCGGGGGAAACAACGUCACCCUCCGUAUCACCCGCCACUACAAGGCAGUGAUGGAGGCUGCCUUCAGAAUAUUUACUCUCGACCCUUACGUCAUUCUCCUUGAAGAGGACCUCUAUGUGGCAGCUGACUUUUAUAGUUACUUCGCUCAGACCGCUCCUCUGUUAGCCAGCGACUCAACACUGUACUGCGUGUCUGCUUGGAACGAUCUGGCGCGAGACGAUUCUGGUGGGGACCCGAAGCUCGUGAUGCGCUCUGAAACCAUGGCCGGGCUGGGCUGGCUGCUCUCCAGAAAGGUGUACCAGGAUGUAAUCACAAAAUGGCCAACUCAUGAUAAGUUUGCAGACUGGGACAUGUGGAUGCGACUGCCAGAGGUUCAGCAAGGUCGAGAGUGUUUAGUGCCUGAAGUCUCUCGUACUUUCCAUUUUGGUGCCAAAGGCGCUCACCUCACUGACUACUUUCAGGCAAAUUUUUAUGCUCACACUUCCUUCAACACCUUGAAUCAUGUCACUCUUGCCGAUCUUGACAAGCUCGGCCCAGCAGCUUACGACCAAUACUUAAGGGAUCUGCUGCUCAGCGGUGUUCACCUGGACGGUGGUGCUGUGAACCCAUGUAACAAGACUUUGCUUCCCCGUAACUCCAACACCGUUCAUGUGCUAUGGAUCAAGAUGAACGAAGUGGCUGACGACUAUACUUACAUGGGCGUGGUAUCGUGUCUAAGGCUGUGGAAUUUGGAUCUCCGGGCCCACCAUAAAUUAUUGUGGCGCCUGAGGUGGAAGGGCACGCCGCUCCUAAUGGUGGGGUGGCCAGCGUCCCCCUUCUCGGCCCUUAAGCCACAGGGGACACAUAUACUGAUGAGAUACGACCCAAACAAUCCAGAUGAAGAGCCACCUGUUUAUAUCUACCAGUCACCCAACUCGUCCUCCUCUUCCAUCGUUUCUGCCCCAGCCGUCACUAUCACACCUUACAGCUGAUACGAAUUAUUUUCUCCUGCCCAUUAAUGUGUUGCACAUUAUUUAUACAGUGCACAUAUAUACCGAUUUUCAUGUUAUCUACAAGUCUCGUAACAACUGAAACAUGUUUACUAGGUGGAGGACGGAGGGAGGUGAAAAGGAAGGGGAUGAGGAGAGGACAGGAAGGAUGAAGAGUAGAAAAACAAGAACAACAGGGUAUGGCUUUUGUAAUAACAACAAUAACAACAACAACAGCAUCUACAAAAAUUACUACUACUACUUACACCAUCAUCACCGUCACCGCCACAACAAUGAACUGACUGCACAAUGAUAUGAAACAUGGAAGCAAUUUCCCGCAGACUUUUAUUCAUGGCUAUUUUUUUUUCCUAAAG